CGGCCGCGUCGACCCUCAUUUUACACUGUUCUUUUAAAACCGCACAUUACACAGAUAACGUUGUUUUUUUUAGAAAAUGGUCAGUUAAGGAUGAUGGAAAUUGAAAAUUGCACAGAUCCCUGUCAAUGGUAGACCGUGUUUAGUAGCAUGGGGGACAGAAGACCCUCCACACCUGGUAUUGAUGGGCCUGGAAAGAGCAGGAACCGAAGAAGAAGUAAAUCUAAGGAUAGGGUAAACAACAACCAACAGGAUGGUAACUCGCAAAGAGAGAGUCAAAAUAGUCGUAGAGGCGCAAAUAGCGGAAAUUCUGAUGAAGGUCAAGAUAGAAAUAAUCCAAGGAGAAAUUCUGAUCAAGACAGAGGGGUAAAUCAGGGGUUUCAGAAUCAGCAAAGAGGGGGAAACAAGCCAUUUCGAGGCAAUCAAAAUAAUACAAAUAUAAGAGGAAGAGGCAGUCAUCAGAGCGGAGGUAAUAAUUCCACACAACAGAGCGGGUAUCAUCCAAAUAUGGAACAUGGACAUUCAUUUGCACCUGCAAGGGACAACAUGAAUCAAAUGGGAACUAGUUUCGAUCCUAGAAGUGGGCGUGGGUAUCAGCCAAAUAUGAGACCGGGCUUUCCCCCAGGAGGUGGUCCACAUAUGGGCAGUGGCCUAUUCCAACCACCACCAGGUGGACCACAUAUGGACCAACAAUGGGCACCUCCAGGGAUGCCCCCUAACAAUCCGGGAUUCAAUAAUAUGGGACAAAGAUAUCCAUACAACUUUGUUGGGCCUAUGAAUGAAGGCCCCAGGUAUCCUAUGUACCCACCAAAUCAACAAUCAGCAACUAGAUACCAUGCUGGAGAGGGGCUUUUACCUACACCACCACUUUUUGGACAACCACCGCCCCCUUCUUUUCAUAACAAUCGCGGAGAUAGGGGUGGUAAUCAUGGCAGAAAUAGGGGUGGUAAUUUUGGCGGAAAUCAGCGUGGAAAUCGUGGUAUGCCUAAGAAUAGGAGUGACCAACAGCAUUUUGAAAACCAGCCACUUACCCGUUCUUCCAGUAAUAUGAGUAUCAACAGCAUUCAGUCAGAGCCAGGAGGUAACAGAGGAGGAAGGUCAAACAGAGGUGCUUAUCGUAGCAAUGGUGACAGAUCUAGUGGAGAUCAUAGACGUCCACAGAAUGAUAAACAUAGUACAAAUUCUAUGAAUAGCUUUUCAAGCGUGUCAGAUGUUUCCAAGUCAGAAGAUGGAGCCAGACCCAAAGAAUAUGCUGACAAAACAAGAAGAACAAAUAGCAACAGACAAAGAGGGAGACACUCAGAUAGUGGCAGAGCCCAUAAUAAAGAAAAGCUGAACAAUACAUUGGAAGGAAAGAUGGACACAUCUUGUUAUAAACCUGAUGGAGAUAGAGAAAAUGUUCCCAAACAAAGACAGUAUGAAGAGUUUGCAAACAAUGGCAAUAAUCGUGCACAAAUUGAAAGAGGUACCAAUAACAGAACAAUAAGAGGUAGAGGAAUCAAUGGAGAAAAUGGAAGGUUUGGGUCCAGAAGAAGAGGAGGAAGAGGUCCAAGAAGAGGCUUUGGAUAUGGCAGAGGUGGAGGCUAUAUGGGGAUUAUAAAGAAAGAAGACGAUGAAGCGAGUCAGACUGGUUCAGAUACAGGUAGCUCCUUCAGCGAUGUUUCGUCAGUGGUAAAUGAUGCUGACCAACACAAUUUUGUACAACAACGGAUUUCAGAUUUUCUAAAUCGGCUAGGUGGAAUAAAUAGAAGGUCUUUAAGAGGAAGAGGAAUUCAAAAUAGAGGUCAUUUUGGAUUUAGAGGUGUAGGUAGAUUUAAUAAGCGUAAUUAUGAUGGCCAAAGAAAUGCAAAUAGUUUGAUUGGUUCAGAUAAUGAAAACAGUAGUACUGUUGGUUCAGAAAAUGGUGAUGACAGAGUAAGAAGAGAAAGAAGACUGUAUGGUCCAGAGAGGAGAAAAAUUAAUAGAGGUAGAUCUAGAGGUAGAGGUAGGGGAAAGUUUGAUCCACAUAAUAGGAGACAGGAAAGUGUUGACAGGAGUGAUUCAGAAAAAGAAGAUGUUGAACAUCAGAACAAACUGGAUAGUGAAGAUGCCUCUGAAGAUGAAAGUAAGAAAAAUGUAAAUGAUGUUGAAAGCAAUGGGAAGGUUAAGAGAAGACGGCAUAGAAAGCGUAGAGAUAAAAGUAAACAAAAAUGUGCUGAUGAUUGUGGAACAGUGGAAAAUGUAACUGAUGUUGGUUUUUCAACUUUUGAGUCUGCCACAGAAUCAAAUGAUGCAAAAGUUAUUAAUGAUAACCAUCUUGAUGCUCUUCCUCUUCAAACUUUGCAGAACAGACGCAAGCGUUACAAAAUGAAACUGAGUGAAAUUCAAAAGGAAGGCGCUAAUCAUGAUGAAAUACAGAAUAAACGAGAACAGAUAAAAGCUAUUGACGAUGAAAUACAAAAAAGACGCAACAUCGAUGGGGUUGAAAAGGAAACACAAAUAACCUGUGAACCAAAUGUCAAUCAUGAUGACUCUGAAACUGAAACUGAAAGUGAAGAAAGCUCUUCAAGUGACACGCAUAUACCUCUUCACCGAAGAGUUAAAUCUUUCAGAACAGGAAAAGGAAGGAUGUCUUUUAAUCCAAGUGCAGGAAAGAAAAAAAAUAAGAAUUCAAAUUUUGUAGCUGAAAAAAAUAGUGUCUCUAGUAGCGUUGAAACAAAAAUAAAUAAGGACUCUGUGCAAAAAAGUGAACAUGAAUCAAAUGCAAAACAACUUGAACGAAAUAAAUCAAUGGAAGAUGCAAGGAGAAUUGCUAAAAGUAGUGAAAUAAAGAUUAAAUCAGAUGAUUUAAAGGAUGUAUUGAGUAAACUGGAUCAGCUUAUUUUCAGUGAUCCAAAAGUGACCUCUGUUGAAAAUCCAGAAGCAAAUAGGAAAUUUAAAGCAAAACAAGAACCUAUGCCGUCAAAUGCUGGGAAAAAUAGUAAUGAUGAAGAAAACAGAAAACCAAGGAAGGAGAAAGAUGAUUCCGAAAACAAAACCCUGUCUGGCAUUAGAAAAAGUCCUAUUGCAACAGAGGUUUUUUCAUUUUUGGUUAAACAUAUGGAUGGGUUUGGAGAUCCAAAUGACCUAAAACGUGAAAGUGGCAUGUUUGAAACAGAGUUCAAUGUGGAACCCUAUUUCCGUGCACAGAGAAACUUCUUUGUAACUUUGGAACGAGAUCAGCAUGUCACUCAUGUGUUUGCUUUUAUGCAAAACAUGUCUUACUGCACUAAUUAUUAUCGAGCAGAAGGGUGCUUAAAGGCUGAUUGCAACAGGUAUCAUGUAUGUAAAGAUAUGGUUAGUGGAAAUUGCCGCUUUGGAUCUAGGUGCAAGCAUAGCCAUAAUUUUCUUGAUGAAUGGAAUGGAAAAAUUACAAAAGACCUGGGUCUUACAGGUAGAUUCAAUAAUAAAGAAAUUAAAACUAUUUUGUCUUGCCGUCAACCACAUGUUUGUGAAGAUUGGCCUUUGGAAAGCAGCUGUACCAAUGAAUAUUGCUCAAAGCUGCACGUUUGUCCAAGGUUUAUCAUCGGAAAAUGUGUGGAAACUGAAUCCUGUUCCCUUGGGCAUGACUUUUGGUCUCAGCAUAACAAUCCAAUUAUUACUGCCUACAAAAUGGCGAAGUGGCAGCCAAAUAUAGUGAGAAGAUUGGUGUAUAUAAAUAGGAACCUCACAGUGGAAAGAAAAGUCAAGGAAUGUCCCGCAGUAUCUGUUCCUGUUGUGAAAGAAGAACCAUUCAAAUUGGUAGAAGAGCCGUUUGAUAUUGAGUCUUACCCUGAAGAGGCUGUGGCUACUGAGAGAACGUUAUAUGAACGAGACAGAGUGCCCAAAGUAUGUGAAAAGGCGAUCCAAAACAGACUGCUUGUGAUGGAUGAUGCCUCCAGCAAGUUUCUCUGCAUUGAGCAUAUCCAUGGUAGCUGUUACGAGGGUAACUGCACAAGACUCCAUAGCGAUGAGCCUUUGCCAUACUUGUGGCAGGUUAAUCUGUUUGGAGACUGGGUCACAGUUCCUGAUUCUGAAAGCGUUGAACAGUAUUUCUGUAGGAACAUCUCACACUCUGACUCUUGCAUUUUGACAUAUGCAGAGAAGCCUGCACAUUGCAAAAUAGAGUUUGGACAACAGUUCACUGCAUCUUUAAGCUUUCACCUUGGAAAUCAGAGAACAGAUGCCAGACGUUUGACCACUGUGUCCUUCAAGGAAGCCGGGGAUAUAUCAGACAGCUAUGUUACCCAGUGGCGUUGGUACUGGUCGGACAAUGACGGGCAAUGGAAACUGUUUGAACCUGACUCCCUUCAACAUACCUUAGAGGCAAAAUAUCUAGCCAAACAACCCACCUACCUGUAUUCUCGAGAGAACUACAAGUGGAAGUAUAUGAUGGACUUUGCUGCCAUGACACAGAGAAAUAUGGACACAACUGUUGUUAGAGAACUCAGACGUCGUCCACUGUUUGUGUCGUAUCGAGAUGUUCAAGAUAAUAAAACACCUCCUUGUCUAGCGCCUCCCCAAGUGAUUGAAGUUGAGCUUCCACCCUCCUGGGUUCCAUGGGACGUGGCUCACCCUUUUGAACUUGUCCCCCUCUCUGACAGGGACACGGAGUUCAUUGAGGUGUCGGGUAAUUUUUACAAAACACUGUCUCGGAAUCGGUACAUUCUGGAGGGUGUGUUUCGAGUGCAGAAUCACGCCUUGUUGUCUGCAUUUUGCAAUCAUGAGAAGACCAUGCUUAACAACCAGCUGAGACUGGGCGAUAGAAGUCCAGUUGACAAACGUGAACUAUUUCACGGCACCGACAGUCUGGACACUGUGAGAGGGAUCUGCAUUAACAACUUUGAUUUCCGUCUCUGCGGAAAGAAUGCAACAGUGUAUGGGCAAGGAGCGUACUUUGCUAGAGAUGCCAAGUACAGUCACAGUUACACGAAGCCAUCACCUAAGCUAGAAAGAUUCAUGUUUCAGGCUAAGGUGCUUGUUGGGUACUUCACCACAGGGAAAGGGGAGUACAAAAGGCCUCCAGGUAAACCAGGCAAAGAUCAUGAGCUCUAUGAUUCAUGCGUAGAUAAAGUUGAUGAUCCCAGUAUAUUCAUUCUUUUCGAGAAAAAUGCCUACUACCCUGAGUACCUGAUUCAGUACAAUUAUACUGGAGAUAAGGAUAUUCCUGUAGACGUGAGCCCACCUGUCCCAGUAGCAAGGAGGUCUGUACAUGCUUCUCUUUCCUCUAGUUCAAUUUCGUCAUCAGCUGCACAGACAACACCACUACCAGCAGCUCCAACAACAACAGCUCCAUAUGUAUCCCAGCAUGCAUAUGCUGCUUCUCAGCCCUUUAGGUAUCCAAGCACAUCUGGCUCUCCUGCAUAUUCUCCCACAGGUCAGCCACCAGUCAGUGUUUAUCCAACAUCAUCAACAAAUGCUGGAACAUCUAGCUCUUCUGGAUCAACUAGGAAGCAGUCAACAUCUCCAAAAAAGGAUCCAGGGUGCAGUAUUCAAUAGUUCAUAGUGCAUUAAAGUAAAUGAUUUAAUUACAUAUACAAGUCAUAGACCCGUUGAAUGUUUUAUUCAGAAAUAACUUAAUUUAAACUUUUCUGGAGGAUGUCAUUUAUGAGUUAACUAUUGAUUGUUUCAGUUUUGUUUAAUCUUUUAUAUCACUAGUAAUCAUAAUAAUUUUGUUAUUUAUGUUUGUGUGCUUUAGGUUGUGGUGAUGUAUUAUUAAUUAAUAAAACAUGUGUUAAUAAACAAGUGAUUUUUGAUAAUAUAAGGGUAUGGAAAAUGCAUACAUUCUUUAAUUAGUCCCCUACCCUAAUGUUGUACUAUUAUGAUAUAAAAUGUCUGCAAAUUGUUCGCGUACCAUCAAAACUUAGGGUUAGGAUAAGGGUUAGGGUAAGUUUGAAAUAGCCUUUGUUGUAUUAACUUGUUAAACAUGAAAACUGUUGCAAUUAAAAAAUGUUAUUGUGGUGAAAUACAUCAGGUUACCAUUAUUUUGGGUUUUGUUAUUGUUCUUGCUUUUUGCUUUGGGACUCUAUGGUUUGCCUAUAUGUGUAUCUUUUUGUCCCCUACCGGUGAAACCGGAGGGGACAUAUGGUUUACGCUCUGUCUGUCAGUCUGUCUGUCCGUCUGUCACACUUUUCUGGAUCCUGCAAUAACUUUGAAAGUUCUCCAUAUUUUUUCAUGAAUCUUGAAACAUGGACAGAUGGCAAUAUGGAGAUUAUGCACGUCAAUUCAUUUUGUUCAUAAAUCAAGAAUUCUGGUAGAGUUUCACCGGUAUGGGACCAUAUUGAUUGGCAAUCUCUUGUUAUUUAUGUGUUUAUAGACACGUGUUACUCUACAGCACAAUGUUACAAAAAGUGUUUAUAUGUUGUUAUAAUUUUGGGUGUAAAAAGUGUUAGGCAUUAAGUUAUACUAAAUGAUUGUAAAAAACUGUGUGGUUUGGGAUUAAGAAUAUGAAAACUUUUUAGAACUGAGAAACAUGGUUUAUACAUAUCUAAACCGGUAUGUUAACUGUUAAGUUUUUUGGUUCUACCUGUAAUAUGAAAGCUGGUUACCACUAAUUCUUUGUGUCUUCACAAUGUAUGUGCUCAUGUGGGGAGUUUAUGUAUUGAAAUAUGUUCUAGUGUGAUAAAAAAAUGUGGUGAAUUUGCUAAUGAUAAUUAUCCUUGAAUAUUAUUUUAAAAAAUGAUGGUUUUGAAAAUCAUAUUUGAGCAGAUGGUAAUAAUGUAUAGUUUGCUAUAAUUGUAUAAACAAUGGAGCAUUUUUGUUACAGGACUAUUAAUGUCUUGAUUACAAAUUCAUCAGUAUUCUAGUGCUAGUGUGUGGUGUAUUUUUUGCCAUUUAUUUAGUGAUAAGUUUUUGAUAUACAAUGUACAUAUGUUCGCUUUUGUGACUUUUAUUGUUUGUGUCAUUCUUUAAAUGUGCUUCUAAUGACAAAAAAAAUACAAAAAAAUAUGAUGAUUUACAUUUUUGAUGUGAUGAUAAGUAUUGAUUAAUGUGAUGAUAGACAUUGAAGCAUGUGAGGAUAGACUUUAAUUAGUAUGAGAAUAGCCAUUUUAGUUAGGUCUUCAAUUCAUGGUAAUCCAAAGUGGCACAUUCUUGUUUGUUUAUGUUUGUGGUUCAACCUUUAGUGCUAGAAGUGCUAUGUGUUCUUGGUGCUUAUAGGAUGAGUUUAUUUAUUGUCACCUACCGGUUUCACCGGAGUUCUUGGUGCUCAUAGGAUGAGUUUAUUUAUUGUCCCCUACCGGUUUCACUGGAGUUCUUGGUGCUCAUAGGAUGAGUUUAUUUAUUGUACCCUACCGGUUUCACCGGAGUUCUUGGUGCUCAUAGGAUGAGUUUAUUUAUUGUCCCCUAUCGGAUUCACAUAGGAUGAAUUUACUUAUGGUUUGCGCUCUGUGUCUGUCAGUCUGUCUGCCAGUCCGUCAGUCUGUCACACUUUUCUGAAUCCAACGAUAACUUUUAAAGAUCUUCAUAUUUAUACCCCCAUUACCAUUGGUAAUGGGGGCUAUAUAGGAGUCACUUUGUCGUUUUGUCGGUCCGUUGGUCGGUCCGUCUGUCCCGAAAUUUCAUCCGAUCUUCACCAAACUUGGUCAGAAGUUGUAUCUAGAUGAUGUCUAGCUCAAGUUUGAAUAUGGGUCAUGCCAGGUCAAAAACUAGGUCACGGGGUCACUUAGUGUGUUUUAAACUGAAAGUUUGUCCGGACCAAAACUAUGUCAUUUAUCGUUAGAUUUUAAAAUGACUUGGUACAUUUGUUCACCAUCAUGGGACGGUGGGUUGUGUGAAAAAUGUAUGUCAAUAUCUCAGUGGUCAAGGUCACACUUGGAGUUCAAGGGUCAAAUGCUUGUACGGGCCAUAACUUUGUCAUUUAUUGUGAGAUUUUAUAAGUUGGCAAAUUUGUUCACCAUCAUUGGACGGUGUGUCGCUAUGGCAACAAAUAUAAAAUUAAAAAAAAUCUGACAAUGGUGGAGCCGGUAGGGGGCAUAUAUUGCUUGGCAAUGGUCGUCUUGUAAUGGUUUCUGAAUGUUUAUACAUAUGAAUGGAACCCUAAAUGAUAUGUGCUACUGUGAUCAAGUAAUCCGAUGAUUGUCUUAGUGAUAUUUAAUGAUAAAUAACCACUGAAUGUUUUUUGAUGGGUUGAUAAAUAUGUAAGCCACAUGUAAGCAUCGAUUUAUGGUGUGAAGGUUUCGAUAAUUAUAUAAAACAUGGAAUGGUUUUGUGACAGGAUCAGUUAUAGAAUUAGUUGAUUACAAUUCGCUGUAAUUCCAGUGCUUGUUUGUUUGUUGAAAUGUUGACAUAACUUUAGUGUUCAUGUUACAUGUAUAUAUAUAAAUAUAUAUUUAUACAUAUACAUGUGCUUUUUAGCUCACCUGAGCGAUAGCUCGAGGUGAGCUAUUGUGAUCACUCAGCGUCCGCCGUCCGUCCGUCCGUCCGUCUGUAAACAAUUUGUAAACAUCUUCUUCUACUAAACCAUUGUGCCAAUUUCAACUAAAUUUCAUGUGGAGCAUCCCUAGGUCAUGGGACAAAAGAAUUGUUAAAAAAAAUUUGAUCACAUAACCAAGAUGGCCGCCAUGACCAUAUAUGGUAAAAACCUUAAAAAAUCUUCUUGUCAGAAACCGCUCAUCAGAUUUUCAAAAAAUUUCACAGGGAUGACCUUUGACCCUGAAAAAGUUGUUCAAAGAAAUUUGAUUCGUCAAAAAACAUGGCCGCAGGAGCUCGUUGAACUUUGCAUGUUUAUUCGUUUUUGCCUAUUUUGUGAAAACUUUCAAAAAUCUUCCACAUUUUUUGUCCGAUCCUUUCCAAAUUUGCACAGUGUCUUUAUAUCAAUGAGGACACGAACCCUACAAAAUCUGAGCAUUAUUGGUCCAUGAAGUACAGAAUUACCUCCCCUUGAAUUGAGAAAAUGGUGUUUAUGCAAUAAAUUACACAUUUUUCAUCCAAUUCUUUCCAAACUUGUAAGGAUUUAGCAUGGUUCAAACAAGGGAAACAACUACGGUUUAUGCAUGUUCUUUUUAUUACAGAUUUGCCUCCCUUUAAUUCAUUUAAAAUCUCAUUUUACAGCAGAGAUUCCAAAUCUGACCUGUAAAUGAGCCCCAUAUUUACUGCCGGUGCUAUGUUACCUUUUCCCAUUUGAUCAUUCUUAAGUAUUGGUCUUGUAAUGCUGCUACUGCUACUGCUACUGCUACUACUACUACUACUACUACUACUACUACUACUACUUCUACUACUACUACUACUACUACUACUUCUACUACUACUACCACUACUACUACUACUACUACUACUACUACUACUACUACUACUACUAGUACUACUACUACUAGUACUACUACCACCACCACCACCACCACGUCUACUAUUACUACUUCUACUACUACUGCCACUACUACUACUACUUUUACCACUACUACUACUACUACUACUACUACCACUACUACUACUACUACUACUACUACUACUUCUACUACUACUUCUACUACUACUACUACUACUACUUCUACUACUACUACUACUACUACUACUACUACUACUACUACUACUACUACUACUACAACUACUAUUACUACUACUACUACUACUACUACUACUACUACUACUACUACUACACCACCACUACUACUACUACUACUACUACUACUACUACACCACCACCACCACCAUUCACAGUGACAAAAAACGUAUUCACACAAUGGCUGCUACUACAACUUAUAGCCCAUAUAGGGGGGCAUGCAUGUUUUACAAACAGCCCUUGUUUCUAUGGGAUUUUAACCAAAACUGUUCAUGUUUAUCUCCGACACAUAUUUUUAGGUCACCUGUCAUGAAGUGACACGGUGAGCUUAUGUGAUCGUGUGAUGUCCGGCGUCCGUUGUGCGUGCCUGCGUGUGUCCGUGCGUCCGUCCGUCAACAAUUUGUUUGUGUAGACAGUAGAGGUCACAGUUUGCAUCCAAUCUUGAUGAAAUUUGGUCAAAAUCUUUAUCUUGAUGAAAUCCUGUUUGGGAUUGUAUUUGGGUCAUCUGGGGUCAAAAACAAGGUCACUAGGUCAAAUAAUAGAACAAUCUUCUGUAGACAAUAGAGGUCACAGUUUUCAUCCAAUCUUUAUGAAAUUUGGUCAGAAUGUUUAUCUUGAUGAAAUCUGGGUUGGGAUUUUAUUUGGGUCAUCUGGGGUCAAAAACUAGGUCACUAGAUCAAAUCAUAGAAAAAUCUUGUGUAGACAUUAGAGAUCACAGUUUUCAUCCAACCUUUAUGAAAUUUGGUCAGAAUUCUUGAUGAAAUCUGGGUGGGAUUGUAUUUGGGUCAUCUGGGGUAAAAAUCUAGGUCAAAUAAAUAGAAAAACCUUGUGUUGACAAUAGAGGUUACAGUUUUCAUCCAAUAUUUAUGAACUGUGGUCAGAAUGUUUAUCUUGAUGAAAUCUGGAUUGGGAUUGUAUUUGGGUCAUCUAGAGUCAGGAACUAGGUCACUAGGUCAAAUCAUAGAAAAACAUGUGUAGACAAUAGAGGUCAUAGUUUUCAUCUGAUCUUAAUGAGUCAGGUGAGCGAUUCAGGGCCAUCAUGGCCCUCUUGUCUGACUAUUAGUUUUUGUGUCUUGCUUUCCAUGCUUCUGUUGAAAAAGCUACAUUCAAAGCUUAACAACUAAUAAGAUAUUUUGUUAUGCCCCCCUAUGAAGAAGGGGAAUAUUGCUUUGCUCAUGUCAGACGGUCGGUCCGUCCACCAGGUGGUUGUCAGACGAUAACUCAAGAACGCCUGGGCCUAGGAUAAUGAAACUUCAUAGGUACAUUGAUCAUGACUUGCAGAUGACCCCUAUUGAUUUUGAGGUCACUAGGUCAAAGGUCAAGGUCACGGUGACCCGAAAUAGUAAAAUGGUUUCCGGAUGAUAACUCAAGAACGCAUACGCCUAGGAUCGUGAAACUUCAUGGGUAGAUUGAUCAUGACUCGCAGAUGACCCCUAUAGAUUUUGAGGUCACUAGGUCAAAGGUCAAGGUCACGGUGACCCGAAAUAGUAAAAUGGUUUCCGGAUGAUAACUCAAGAACGCAUACGCCUAGGAUCAUGAAACUUCAUGGGUAGAUUGAUCAUGACUCGCAGAUGACCCCUAUUGAGUUUGAGGUCACAAGGUCAAAGGUCACAGUGACCCGAAAUAGUAAAAUGAUUUUCGGAUGAUAACUCAAGAAUGCUUUUGCCUAGGAUCAUGACACUUCAUAGGUACAUUGAUCGUGACUUGCAGAUGACCCCUAUUGAUUUUCAGGUCAUUAGGUCAAAGGUCAAGGUCACAGUGACAAAAGUUGUAUUCACACAAUGGCUGCCAGUACAACGGACAGCCCAUAUGGGGGGCAUGCAUGCUUUACAAACAGCCCUUGUUUCUCUAUUUUUGUAAUAUUGCAAACAUUGGUGUUAUAAUUUGUCUGGUAAAUUUUAUGUGCAGAUGAUGAUAAAACAUUGUUGAAUGUGAGGACUGCCAUUGAUUUAUAUAAGAAUAUACAUGUAGACUAGAACUUCAAUUAAUGAUUAUUCAAAGUAGUAUCUUGUUAGUUGAUUUUUGCUGUUCUACCUGUAAUGCUUAACGCCUUUUUUAGAAAGUUCUAAUGUCUACAAAAUGUCAUUCUUAUGUGUUUUAUCUUUUGUCUUGGCUUCUGCAUACAUCAUUAUUACUAGUAAACAUAUAAAAAUUGAACCAAUGUAAUGAGGUUGUCUGGUGAUUAUGCUGGUGAUAUUUAAUGAUAAAUAAUCAUUGAAUAUGUUUCAUGGUUAGGUAAACCAUUGUAAGCAUGGGUUUAUGAUUUAUAGUUUGCUAUAACUAUAUGAAACCUGGAUUGGUUUUGACGGAUAUGUGUUGUAAAUAGUUAAUGACAAAUUUAUUGUUAGUAUAUUGCUAGUGUGUAUGUUUCAAUGUUGCCAUCCAUUUAGUAUUAAUGUUAUUCUUGUUUUCUGACUUAUUUUGUGUGCCAUGCUUUAGAUAUGGUUCUUAUGAAAAUGUGCUUCACUAAUUUGUUCUAUUGUAAACAUUGUUGUUAAUUGUUCGAAUUUUAUGUGCAGAUGAUGAUUUAUAUGAUGACUAUGAAAAUAGUAAAUGAUGAAUAUUAUUAUAAUUAUGGAGGAAUAUGAUGAUACAUGUUGAUGGAGGGGUUAAUAGACAUUGAUGGUAAUUAUGAUAUUCAUUGAUGAAGGGUAUAAUAGACAUUGAUUUAUGUCUUAAAUGGCUCUCGAACGAAUAUGGUGAGAUGUCGAGCACAAAACUAUAACGGCCAAUAAGAGAGUUCAUAAGGGGAACAGACUGUUACGGUAUGCGUCUGCUGGUGAAGGUGAUGUUUGAAGCUGUCAUUAGUGUUAAUUAACCUCUGUUUAUACAUCCGUGGCUAAUGUUAUUAUCCACGUCAUGUUAUUGUUAGACAUUGAUGGGUUAUUGGAGACACAUAAUGGUCGUAUACCCCUUAUGAUGCUUAUAUUUAUUUUAUAUAAGCACUUAUGGUGAUAGACGUUACCAAGAUCUUUAAAUUGCAAAUGGCAAUUUGCAAGGUGAAAAGACAGUUUUUUGUAGCCAUACAUGUUGCCGUCUUUGGGUAACAUGACCAUCUUGAUGGUCAUAUAAGCCAAAUGUUGUCUUUAAAAACAUUAUGAUCACAUAAGUAACAUGUUGGCCACAUGAGCAACAUGGUGAUCACAUACUUGGCAUAUUUAUCACAUAAGCAACGUUGUGGUUCAAAAUGAAACAGUUAUCACAUAAGCAAAGUUGUGGUAAAAAAAGAAACAUAGUUGUAGAGGUAAAAAGUGAAACCUGGUUAUCACACAAGCAACGUUGCUGUUCAAAAAGAAACAUAGCUAUCACAUAAGCAAAGUUGUGGUUAAAAAAAGAAACAUAUUUAUCACAUAAGCAACGUUGUGGUAAAAAAACAAAACAUAGUUAUCACAUAAGCAAGGUUGAGGUAAAAAAAACACAUAGCACAUAAGGAACGUUGUGGUAAAAAGCGAACAGUUAUCACAUAAGCAAAGUUGUGGUAAAAAAUGACACAUAGUUAUCCCAUAAGCAACGUUGUGGUAAAAAAGGAAACAGUUAUCACAUAAACAAUGUUGGGGUAAAAAACCAUUAUGGUCACAUAAGCAACACUGUGGUCACAUAAGCAGCAUGUUGGCCACAUAAGCAAUGUGGUGGUCUUAUAAGCAACAGAGUUAUCACAGAAGCAAUAUGAUAACCAUACAUACAACAUUGUUGUCACAUAAACUCAAGUGUGGUCACGUAGACAACAUGUUGGUCUUAAUAGCCUCUUGUUUAAGGGAUGAACAAAAUGGCAGUCACAUGAGAGUUAACCAUGAUAGUCAUAUAAGCAACAUUGUGGUAUCACAAGACACGUGAUUGCGGCAUUAGCAACAUUGUGCUCAUAUAUGCUACAUGGUGGUUACAUAUGCAACAUGAUUGCCACUAAAGCAAUGUUGUGUUCACUUGUGCAAUAUGGUUGUCCAAUAGACAACAUAUAUUUAACAUAAGCAAAAUUACUGUCACAUUGACAACAUGGGUGUGACAAAGAAUACAUAGUUGUGAUAAAGAGGACACGGUUGUCAUACACACAACAUGAUGUGUUACAUAGACGAUAGGAUGGUCGCUAAAGUAACAUGCUUGUCACCAUGGCAACAUUUUAGUCACAUGAGGAAGGUGAUUUUAAUAAUGGAGACGUCACUUCAGACAAUAUUGUUGGGUUUUUAUGAAGCCACACUAGCAACAUGAUGGUCACAUAAACAUAAUGGUGAUUACACAACGGAAAAAAUGGUAAAAGAUAGAUCUUAGUGGUCGCAAAUUCUAAUUGAUUUGUCACUUGUACCUCACAGUCAUAUAAACCCUAUUAUAAGGGGUGUUUCUUCUCAUCCUUUCUACUGAUGUAUUUUCAAAGAUAGUGUUAAAACUAUUUAAAAACUUUGCUUGCUCUAUUAUAUAGCGAAGUGAUUUUGUGAAUCCUGUAUAAGGAAUAGGGUGUUGUUUUCACUUAAGGCUCUCCCAAAAUCACACCCCAGGUUAUGAGGCACUUGAGGUAAGCAGUGGAUUCUUUAGUCAUGCACUAAGGCUGGGCCAUAAUCAUACCCCUGGUUAUGAGACUCUUGAGGGAAGCAGAUGAUUCUUUAGUCAUGCACUAAGGCUGGGCCAUAAGCAUACCCCUGGUUAUGAGACUCUUGAAGGAAGCAGAUGAUUCUUUAGUCAUGCACUAAGGCUGGGCCAUAAGCAUACCCCUGGUUAUGAGGCACUUGAGGGAAGCAGUGGAUUCUUUAGUCAUGCACUAAGGCUGGGCCAUAAGCAUACCCCUGGUUAUGAGGCACUUGAGGGAAGCAGUGGAUUCUUUAGUCAUGCACUAAGGCUCUGCCAAAAUCACGCCCGUGGUUAUGAAGCACUUGAGGGAAGCAGUGGAUUCUAUAGUCAUGCACUAAGGCUGUGCCAUAAUAAUAUUCCUGGUUAUGAGGCAAUUGAAGGAAGCAGUGGAUUCUUAAAUGCAUGAUGGUCCCUUUAGUCAUGCGCAUUGAACAUGGGCUUUAUUAGUUAUGUGAUUAACACAUUGUGAUACCUUUCAUUUGUGAUUGGUGCAUAAUGCUAUCUUAGGUGUUUGAUGGACACAUAAUGCUUCAUCAGAUAUGUGGUGAACACAUUUUGCUAUAUUUCAUAUGUGGUUUGCACAUAAUUCUUGUUUAGCUUUGUGAGUGACACAUUAUGCUUUAUUGGCUAUGUUAUUUAACCAUAAUGCUAUCUUUCCUAUGUGAUUGACACAUAAUGCUAUUCUUGUGUGCGUCACUGACACUUGAUUUUUUAUUUCUUAUGUGAUUGACACAUAAGGCUACCUUAGCUUUUUGCUUGAGGAUAAAUUCUACCUUGGCUAUUUUACUAACACUAUGCCAAGAUGGUGGUCAAAUGUUUAUCUGUCAUAAGUCAUUUAUUUUCUUUUUAUUGAUAGUGUUCAAAUAUUAGCAAUUGCAUAUGCCUUGUUUAUGUCUCAUGUAAAAAUUCUUUAACGCAGUAGUGCCACUUUUUGACAAAAUGAUGGUAACAUGAGGAAUAUGGUGGUGUUUUUUUUUAAAAACAUUGCUAUUGAAUUUAUCUUUCAUGUAGAAUGUACACCUAAAACUGACCUUGUUAUUUUCUAUAUAAAGUCACCUGGUAAAAUGAUCUAUAUAACCACAUAGCUCUAUUAUUGUGCAAUUGUAAACAUAGUGCAGUACUGUCAAAAGCCAUUCAAACACAUAAAACAUGGUAUUACAACGCAUACUUUGUAAUAGGAAUGUUUAUAUCCAUUAAUGUACGUAUCUAUUGUAUGUUGCUUCUUGUUCAGCUAGUUCUGUUGAAAUUAUUUUCUUUAUAUUACAUGGUUUCAUGGACAUUCAAUUCCUUAUUUUAUGUUAUUUUUGCUUGAUAGAUUUGCGGUGAUUGGUUUGUUUCGCCAUUAUAUAAGGCUAAGUUGGCUAAGUUUAUUUGUCCACUGAUUAAAAUACUUGCUUUAGUUAGGCAAACACAAAGCUAUUGUGUAUCUUCGGAAUGAAAAUUAAAUUUGAAAAACCUCAUAUUUGAUUGAAAUGUCGCAACGGGGCAAUAUUUCUUGAAUAGACUGUUUUCUUGAUAAAUAUUUCAAUUUUGUUUUUGAGAAUAUUCCCAUCCAAAAAGUAACUUAUGCGGUAUUCUCUGGUUCGCGUAGAAGACACUUAUCCUAUGUUAUUUCGAGUUGCUCUAUUAAAAACUAAAUGCAUAUUGUAUACGUUGGCUUUGGUUAAGAAAUUAUUUUCAGUACAAAUGCAUCAAUUUUGAACUCAUUUGCUGUAAUGUUGAAACAAAAAGCGAAUACUUAUAUAUUUCUUGCUAUCUGUCAUGGAAUAAAAUAGUUACAGUUA